AUGGAGAAGGAUACCUCAUCCACAUACAGGAGGCACCGACCUAUCCCUGGAGCCCCUUCCUUGGGAAUGGCAUCUGGACAUUUCAAAGUGGCCAACGAAGCAGCUCAACUUCAGAGGAGCAGGAGUGUGGGGGGUUUACACCAGAAGGGGGACCCUCCGAGCCGCAUCAAGAAGUUGCAGAAUGAGUUAGAAUCUGAAGAUCAGGGAAAAGACUCAAGAAGUGAUACAGAAGAUGCUGGCUGUCAGACAAGUGCAGAGGAAGACAAAAAGGAAAAGAUCCAGGAAAUCCUGGGAAUGUUGGACCAUGGUGGUGAAAAAGUAGGACCAGAAGUUGAAAACAGUGACUCAGAGACUAGUGCUAAGGAGGAGCAGGAGGAAGAAGAGGACAUAGACAAAAGCACUAAAGAGGCCACGGAACAGGAGCUGGCAUCCAUUAAACUAGAUGACUUUCUGGAAACAGAGAAACCAUCUACAUUUGUGGAGAUUGAUCUAGGAGACCUCACUGAAGAGGUAGUUGCAUGUGCUGUGAAAGAAGAGAAACGGUCCCAGAUGGACAUUGGAGAUUUGUCUGAAGACGAGGCAAGAAUCAGCUGGGUAUGCUGUAUUCCAUACUCAACUAAAAAGAAGACAAAGGAAAGUGCAUAG